CAGGAUUCAUCCAACUCUGGUUCAUCUGGAGGAGCAUUUAUACCAUACUGUAAUCUCACACAGGCCCAACUUUCAUUCCAUGGUCACAAAGAUAGUGUGAAGUUCUUCAUAGCUGUACCAGGAGCGCCUCGAUCAUAUGAGGAUGAUCAAGAGGCAGAAUUAAGGAAAAUGCUUGUUAUCUCUGGAGGAGACGGAUAUAUCGAUUUCCGGAUAGGUGAAGAAAACGAGCCUCCGAUAGUUACGAAAGGUGUUCGAGCGCGAGACAUGUCUCACCUUAUCAUUUGGGAGGUGGACGCCGAAUUGCCUGUGAAAGCAACUAAUCUGCCUGCAAUAUCUUUUACCUUUUGUUGUGUAUGUCCACCUCGAACCACAAAAUUUCAGAUGGCCUUUCGGAUUCAACACAGUAAAAAAGCCAUGGAAUUCUUCAUCAACUUCAGUGCUAGUGUAGGCACUGGAAGUCGAGCUGUACUACAAUAUACUGAACUUCCGAACAAAGUGCUGGAUUUCGAACAUACAGAAACACCCCCGGACCAGCAAGGAAAAGGGAUUGCAAAGAUGCUUGUUAAGGUAGGACUUUGA